GGCGUGGCAGGAAGGGGGGAACUGUGGUCAGGGAGCUGUUCGUGGGCACAGCUGCGCAGUUCUGUCAGAGUGUCUGAUCGCCAGUUCCCAGCCCCGAAGCCCCUGCCCAAGAUGAUUCCAGCCGUGGUCUUGCUCUUGCUCCUUUUGGUCGAACAAGCAGCUGCCCUGGGAGAGCCCCAGCUCUGCUAUAUCCUGGACGCCAUCCUGUUUUUGUAUGGUAUUGUCCUUACCCUACUCUACUGUCGACUCAAGAUCCAGGUCAGAAAGGCAGCGAUAGCCAGCUAUGAGAAAGAUGCUGUUUACACGGGCCUGAGUACCCGGAACCAAGAGACAUACGAGACUCUGAAGCAUGAGAAACCACCCCAGUAGCUUUAAAUCAUAUGUCCUUGGCUGCAUUCUCUUUCUGCUUCUGGUUCUCUCUUAGCCCUCACAGCUGACAUCACGAUGCUACCUCUGUGCUUUUGAUGCUAGCUGACCUUACUCCCAUGAUGCCAGGCUCUAAGUUAAUGUCCACCAGCAGUCGCUCAUUUCCGUUAAAGACUUACUCACAGAUGGUUGUUCCCUUACAUAUUCCAUCACUUCCUUUCUUUCCUCCCCUGAUCCCCAGCUCUUGCUAAACAAUGGAAAGGGAUUACCUUCCAAUAAAGCCGGUACAGAUGUGACUCUA